AUGGCUUCCUCAAAGUGUGUUAGCAUGGAGGCUGCGGAUCCUGCGCCAGCCAUCGAUCACCGUGUGCCAAAACGUUUUGUCCCUACCGACUUAUCUGGUCAACCAAUUCCUCAGAGCAAGCGCUGGCUUUAUUCAACUGCCGCAGUCGCCAACAGCAAAUUUAGUUCUACCGGGGCCAGUGCUAUACUUAUCGCUGGGUUCAUAUCUUUCAACUCGUCAUCUAUUGGUCACACAUUCUACGAAUACCUCGACCGGACCUACGGAGUGUAUAACGUGAACAUCUGGGGGACAUUCAUCAUUACCUCACUCUUCUUUUGGAUCUGCUGCGCCGUCUUUGCUAUUCCCGACCUGACUGGAUGGCCUAGAUGGCUGUUUAAAUAUAAAACCCAGCCAUUCGUUCAAAUAAAUCGACAUGCAUACUCUCGCAUAGCGAUUGUAUCCUUCCGGAAUCAGUUCGUUGUGGCUCUGCCCAUGAUAAUAAUGAUAACACAUACGACUGCGCCGAUGCCUGUGGCUCCAACCGCAUUACCUUCGCCGCUGCAAACUCUUGGUACGAUAUUUUUCGAUAUCGCCUGUACUGAGGUCGGCUUUUAUUACAUUCACCGUUCAUUCCACUCUAAAUUACUAUACCCAAUUUUCCACAAGCAACACCACGAAUUCACGGCUCCUGUUGGCCUGGCCUCGACAUAUUGCACAAUAACGGAGCAUGUAUUUUCUAACCUUCUGCCAAACUCCCUCGGGACUUUACUCGUUUCGCAUCACUGGUCCCAGGCAGUUUUCACUUUUCUCUUUCUCGAGUUCGGCACAAUCUGCACGCACUCAGGGUACAACAUCCCUUGGUUUCCAUCUAAUUUACAGCACGAUUUCCACCAUUUCGCUUUCGAUGAAAACUUCGGUCCUACUGGGAUUUUAGAUGCGAUCCACCGCACGAAUAAGAAAUUCAAAAAGACAAUGCAAGAAGCCAAAUUCCGAACUGGAGGGGAUGAUGAGAAAGCGAGAAAACUUGUUCUUGAAAAACUUGCGAGGAUCGACAGUGUGGAUUCAGCUGAGCGAUAA